CUCAAGCGCUCAGGAGCUGCGUGAUCCCCAUCACAAACCGAGAGCGGCGGCUUUGCUGAGCAGAUGGAGUAGUAGUACUAGUAGUAGUGGGAGUGCUCACGGCUUUCCUUUCGCCCUUUCUCCUCGUUCUCAUCUUUAAUGGAUUCGCCUUUUCUCUGGAAUAUUGCUUCAUCCCAUCGCGAGUGAGCUGCCGUGAAUCCUGAGAGGAGAAGUCUCCCGACAGGAGACAAGAUGGCGUCCAACAACACCCUGCGCAGCUACUCCAUCAUCCCAUGUUUCAUCUUUGUAGAGCUCGUCAUCAUGUCCGGCACCGCGUUGUUGUCCUACUACAUGGAGUGCACGGACCUGUUCAGCGUGCACGUGCAGGGUUUCUUCUGUAAUGACGCCGAGCUGAUGAAGCCGUACCCCGGCACAGAGGAGUCCAGCUUCAUCCCCCCUCUCAUCCUGUACUGCGUGGUGGCUGCUGCUCCCACCGCUAUAAUCUUUAUCGGCGAGGUGUCCAUGUACGUGAUGAAAUCAACGAGGGAAGCUCUCCUGGCCCAGGAGAAAACCAUUGUGACAGGAGACUGCUGUUACCUCAACCCCCUUAUCCGCCGCAUCAUACGCUUCAUAGGUGUGUUUGCAUUCGGUCUUUUCGCCACAGACAUCUUCGUCAACGCGGGCCAGGUGGUGACGGGAGGGCUCUCGCCCUACUUCCUGUCUGUCUGCAAGCCCAACUACACCGGCACUGAGUGCCGUUUUAAUCACCAGUUUAUCAUCAAUGGCAACAUCUGUACCGGGAACCCCGUUGUUGUGGAGAACGCUCGCCGGUCGUUUCCAUCCAAGGACGCUUCGCUGAGUGUUUACUCUGCUGUUUACCUGACGAUGUACAUCACCAGCACCAUCAAGACCAAGUCCAGUCGCCUGGCCAAGCCUGUGCUCUGUCUGGGCACACUCUGUUCGGCCUUCCUCACCGGCCUCAACCGAGUCUCAGAGUACCGAAACCACUGCUCGGACGUAGUGGCCGGAUUUUUACUGGGAUCAGCCGUCGCUCUGUUUCUGGGUAUAUGUGUUGUGAACAACUUCAAAGGCGUCCACAGUGCAGCAGCUAAACAGAAAACGGAAGACUACCGUGGUCUGCCUCUGAUGACUUUCCCCCGUGUAGAGAGCCCUCUGGAGACCCUGAGCGCACAGCAAUAACACAUGUUCAGAAGAACAUACAGGCAUGGCAUUUUGCACUACACCCCUGUCCUCCUUCCCAAACGCACAGAACCACACACAGAACCUCACACAGAACCUCACACAGAACCUCACACAGAGCACUCCUGAUACUGUCUGACAAUAUUUCCUCUACGUCUUCAUUUCCACCCCUUUUCUCUCUUUCCUGUCUCCUUUUCUGUUACUCUUUUUUUGAUCUCUUUCAAUCCUUAUACCUCUUCCUCCAUCCCUCCCUCCUCCCACGUUCAUUUUCAGAACCACUCGGCAUCGAUGACAGAAGUCACAUGACUAAGGGGGCAGCACCGGGUCACGUUUGCGUCUCCACAGCACUUCCAGACACAAUGACGAGGACGCAUGCCACGUGGCUCCGAAUGCUUAACAAAAAACAUUGCUGAUAUAUGUGUUUAAUUCACCUGAGGGACAAAAUACACCAUGUUUCUAAUGGUUCUCAUCUAGUUGGGCUAUGCUCAAUUCAACCUGCACACCUAUUGCAUCAGCGGCAAAAAUAUCACAAGGCAAACUUAAGCACAGAUUGUUUUUCCAGAUACUGGAAAACCAUUUGAAACAUAGGGCAUUUUUCUCUCCAAGGUGCGCUGGUUUGUAGUUAGAGGACAGUGUUUUGUACAUUUUGUAUGAGCGAGAGCUGUAGCCUAUCCUGACAGUGUUAAACCUGCGCACUUCCUGUCAGCUGACUCACUCUGUUUUACAUCACAUCCUCCGUCAGGUGACUUGCCUUGUCAAUCACCACAUCUAUUCCCCGUCGGUAUGAAAAAUCUGCUAUGGAAAAAAUAUUGAUGUUGUUGUUCUGUGAUGUUUUGUCAUUUGUACAGAAAAAAAAGACUUCCUUCUUUUUAUUAUCUCUCUCUGUGCAUUAAUUGACCGUGUCAGGUCAUAUUUUGUAAAGAUUUUUGUCAAUCUGUAUGACUAUUAUGAUCCAUUUGGACCUGUUUGCCUGCUGUGUAAACCUGGAUAUGUUUUGGUAUCAGUAUAGGUGUUUUGGGGAACAAACUCUCUCCCCUUUGGAGGAAACGACAAGGAAGAGUCAGUGAAGUCCUCCGAGUUAGAAAAUGGGGUUUGGCACUUGUAGUGUCAAGAAUGGAAUGGAAUUCUCACAAUGAGUUUGUGUGUUUCACCCCCCGUUUCCUGAUUCACUGUGAUGUUAAUAAUAGGAAUUCCUUUACAGACAGGUCCAUUGGGGCUAGCCUGGUAUGGUAUGACUGCAUAAUUUAAAACUGAAAUCCCAAUGGAAGACAUCUUUAUGAAAAGCAUGGAAAAAAGACGGAAAAAAAAGACAGAAAUGCUCUUUCACAUGAAAGUGAGUGACUUACUAAAGGCUUGGCUAGCCCUUUGAAUGGAAACCAGGCUAAUGACUCCUGCUUCACAUUUCCUCCUCGAGGCACCCCUCUCCCUCCCCGACCCACCAGUGGAUUGUGAUGCAAUGUUGUGACUCCAUUUCCCAUUGGAAGAUACGCCCAGCAUGAAGAGAGAAGUCAAGAUGUUUUAUAGAUAUUCAUGAUUUCAAUUAUACUCAUUAUCAUAGUGAUUAUAAACAUCUUUUAC